AUGACUUCUACAAUAUUUGCUUUACAGAUUCAGAAUCCAGGUGAAGAUCUGAACACUAUAUAUGUUACAGAGGCAUAUGUGAGGGGUGAUGAGCAGAGUACAGAGGACAUUCCUACAGACAACUGCCCAGAUGACUAUAUCAUGAGCUCAAAGGGACUUCCGAUACCUAAAGAUUUAAAAGAAAAUGAUCAUGCUCUGGUACAAGAUGCUUAUGAAGUAUAUGUCAUUUUCCCAGAUACACCCUCAGCCUUGCAAUGCAACAGUCAAUCAUCUGAUCUUUUUCAACAAGUCCUGCCUUUUGAUUCAUCACAGACUGUUAAGCAAAUUAAAGGACAUAGAAGAGGUGAACAUCCAACAACUCCCACAGGGGAGAAGCCAUUUUCAUGUUUAGAAUGCGGGAAACGGUUUACGAAAAAAUCUAUUCUUACUACACAUAAGAGAAUUCACACAGGGGAGAAACCAUUUUCAUGCUCAGAAUGUGGGAAAUGCUAUAGGAUGAAAUCAAGUCUUACUAUACACCAAAGAGCUCACACAGGAGAGAAGCUAUUUUCGUGUUUAGAAUGUGGGAAACCGUUGGCCAACAAAUCAAAUCUUAUUACACAUAAUAGAAUUCACACAGGGGAAAAACCGUUUUCAUGUUUAGAAUGUGAAAAAUGUUUUAUCCAGAAAUCAGAUCUUGUUAAACAUCAGAGAAGUCACACGGGGGAGAAGCCAUUUUCAUGUGCAGAAUGUGGGAAAUGUUUUAGCGAUAAAUCAAGUUUUAUUUCACAUAAGAAAAUUCACACAGGGGAGAAACCAUAUUCAUGUUUAGAAUGUGGGAAACAGUUUACCAAGAAAUCAAGUCUUAUUACACAUAAGAGAAUUCACACAGGGGAAAAACCAUUUUCAUGUUUAGAAUGUGAAAAAAGUUUUAGUCAGAAAUCAGAUCUUGUUAAACAUCAGAGAGGUCACACGGGGGAGAAGCCAUUUUCAUGUGCAGAAUGUGGGAAAUGUUUUAGCGAUAAAUCAAGUUUUAUUUCACAUAAGAAAAUUCACACAGGGGAGAAGUCAUUUUCAUGUUUAGAAUGCGGGAAAUGGUUUAGGAAAAAAUCAAAUCUUAUUAUACAUGAUAGAAUUCACACAGGGGAAAAACCAUUUUCAUGUUUAGAAUGUGAAAAAAGUUUUAGUCAGAAAUCAGAUCUUGUUAAACAUCAGAGAAGUCACACGGGGGAGAAACCAUUUUCAUGUGCAGAAUGUGGGAAAUGUUUUAGCGAUAAAUCAAGUUUUAUUUCACAUAAAAAAAUUCACACAGGGGAGAAGUCAUUUUCAUGUUCAGAAUGUGGGAAAUGGUUUAGGAAAAAAUCAAGUCUUAUUAUACAUGAUAGAAUUCACACAGGGGAGAAACCAUAUUCGUGUUCAGAAUGUGGAAAAUGUUUUAGUCAGAAAUCAGAUCUUGUUAAACAUCAGAGAAGUCACACGGGGGAGAAACCAUUUUCAUGUGCAGAAUGUGGGAAAUGUUUUAGCGAUAAAUCAAGUUUUAUUUCACAUAAAAAAAUUCACACAGGGGAGAAGUCAUUUUCAUGUUCAGAAUGUGGGAAAUGGUUUAGGAAAAAAUCAAGUCUUAUUAUACAUGAUAGAAUUCACACAGGGGAGAAACCAUAUUCGUGUUCAGAAUGUGGAAAAUGUUUUAGUCAGAAAUCAGAUCUUGUUAAACAUCAGAGAAAUCACACGGGGGAGAAACCAUUUUCAUGUUCAGAAUGUGGAAAAUGUUUUAUCCAGAAAUCAAAUCUUGUUAAACAUCAGAGAAAUCACACGGGGGAGAAACCAUUUUCAUGUGGAGAAUGUGGAAAAUAUUUUAGCAAUAAAUCAAGGCUUAUUAUGCAUGAGAAAAUUCACACAGGGGAGAAACCAUUUUCAUGUUCAGAAUGUGGAAAAUGUUUUAUCCAGAAAUCAGAUCUUGUUAAACAUCAGCGAAUUCACACAGGGGAGAAACCAUUUUCAUGUUCAGAAUGUGGAAAAUGUUUUAUCCAGAAAUCAAAUCUUGUUAAGCAUCAGAGAAUCCAUACAGGGAAGAAGCCAUUUUCAUAUUCAGACUUGGAAAAGUUGUAGCCUUAAACCAGAACUUGUUAUACAUCAGAGAACUCACACAGCGGAGAAGCCAUAUUUAUGUUCAGAAUAUGGCAAAUGUUUUAUUCAGAAAUCAGAUCUUAACAUCAGAGAAUUCACACUGGGGAGAAGCCAUAAAAAUGUAGGAUA